CACCUUUCCCCUUUAACCACUCGCCAGCACACACAGUCGCCUUCCUGGAGGAUUGCCAUGGCAACAGGUUGUCAGUAGCGACGGGGUACCCACUACAUCCGCUCUGCCUGCGUGUGUCUGCGGGGAUGCGCGGCGCGUCAGGACCAGGAGGCACAAACCAGCGCAGCAGCGGAGGGAGAAGAGUCCGCCAACACGGAGAACAACCCGCCGAGGGGGAGCUGCUGGUCCGCACGUUCUGAAGUGAGGAGCCGGGAGAGCAGCCGCUGUUGUGAAUUCGGAGUCUGAAGACAGCAUCGUCGGAUCUACCAGGAUGGAGAGCCACCGCUGACGGAGACCCCCCGAGUCCCCCCCUCCCCACCCCCUCACACCAACAGGUUCCCGCCGAGCCUUUUUUUCGCCCCCCCCCCCCCCGGAAAAAAAUCUCAAGCAACCGACGAGAGAGCUGGAGCCGAGACGGUCAAGCAUGGACGUGCCCAGGAUGGCCGAGGGCCUCUUCAGCAGCACGCUGUCCUCGUCGGGCGGCGGCCAUCACGUGCCGUCCUACCUGACGCUGGAGCAGAGGGCGGCCUUCGUCUUCGUGCUGCUGCUCUUCAUCUUCCGGGCGCUGCUCAUAGUGCGCUGCUUCCGCAUCCUGCGGGACCCCUACCGCAGCAUGCCCUCGUCCAACUGGACAGACCACACCGAGAAGGACACGUUCGACUACCGCAUCGUCUGAGGGGGACACCCCCCCCCCCCCCCCGAUCCGUUGCCAAAUUAGACAUAGAUAAGUGUAAAAGACUUUUAGAUUUUCCCGCUCAAACAACACCCGUCCGCUGAUGUGCCGAGAGUUUCAGCAGCUCCUCCCUGACAAAUCUGAAAAAUUCUCAAAUGUAAACAAGGCAACCGGAACUAAACUAUUCCUGACCAAACCCUCAGUCCAUGCGGUGCACAAGAGCUGGUCCCCCCCCCCCAUCAGUUCUCCCGUGGACUACCUCGUUCCUCCUCCGUCCCACGUGCUGAAGACUCUGUGUCUUCUCACAUCUCACACAGGGUCGAAUAUCUUUUUGAGGUCAAAGCAAAUUGGAUACUAACAGUGUUUACAUCUCGUCAUGUUUACGUGCUUAGAUUUUUAUUGAUAAUGUAGACAAUCAGUGUUAACAAAAAGGGAGUUUUGAGGAUAGUGGAGGACGUUGAGGUAUUACGUCUUCAGCGUAUUUUAUCUUCAUUUUGGGGACGAAGGCAAGGGGUCCAAAAGACCCCGUGCGACUGGUGUGAUUCAGGCAACGAGGGAUUUUAAAGCCUUAUGAAGGAUAUUCCGUGGUGGUUGGAACCUUCUAGAGCGUUGGAUGAGAAGGUUUUUAGUGUCCUCAAGCAGAUCAAAUAGUUCUCCCUUUAAUGUGUACGGUUUGGAUGGAUAAGUGCCAGCAGAGAGGAACGCCAAGAGUUCUGAAUGCGCGAUUAAAAAAAAAAAAAAAAAAAGUGUUCUUUCAGUCCUGCAGGGCCCUUCGGUGUCCACGUCCUUUCGAUGUCAGCAACCAAAAGAGGUGUUGAAGAAGAGAACAACGUUUACUGUGCUGUACCGUGUGCCUAAUUUGAAGAGAAAAAAAAAACAAAAACAAAGUCUACAUUGAUGUUUUAGGAAAAAGAAGGACAAGGGGUUGAAAUGUUUGUCUUUAUAUGUGUUUUUUCUUUGCAUAGCGCCCAUGUGAAGACACUCAAACAGCAUUUUACUGCCUGCAGCUGGUGCAUUGACAGUUGGUGCACCAGAUCCGCAGAACGUUGGUGAUGAAGGUGCGCUUUCACGUCAAACCCUUUACGAAAACGGAUAUUGUGGCUCUUUCGUUGGGCAAAUUUUUCAACUGUGCGCCUUAUAGUGUAGAUUGUUUACAGUAUCGUCGGUAUGGCGGAGACGCUGGAAAUCAGCCGGCCGCUGAUGCGAUGUCUUUGCACUGAGAUGUCAUGAAUAAAAGAGAAAAAGAAGAAAAACUGUUAACGUGCUCUCUCGUUCUGGCCGGGACAGGAAGUGAACUCUGCCGUCCCCGACGUGUGAUGUUCUUGUGAUCUGCUGUGGCCUUUUCCUACCUAUCGCAGAUGUUGCGACGUUGUGCAGAGGUGAUGUGACCCCCCCCCCCCUCCCCGCAUGUAUUUCUCGCAGACUCUCCCUUCCGUGCAUGAUAAGUGGUGCAGUGCUUUAAUCCCGAUGUUGUAGCUGUGGGUCAGUUGCUCAAGAAACUAUUUUCCUGUCUGUACUGGAGACUUUUUGUUUCAAUCUGUUUUCUGCCACCGUUUCUUUUUUUUUUUUAAUAAAAAAAUGAUCAGAGAGCAAAACCUCCA